UACUGGGCCGCCUCCCCUUCCCUUCGUUCUCCUCAACUAGUCGACUUUCUCUGUAACUAUUGAUGCACUUUUGGUUUGAUGAUAAAAAGCUUUUUCAGAAUCGAAGCUUGGGGAUCAAAGUUGAUGGAAUGCGAAUUUAUCGCCCUGAGGAUGCGUAGCCCACCGCCUGGUUUUCGAUUUAAUUUUCCAAAUAAGCUUCGUACCAGUUCGAAGUCACUGCUGGUUUCUUUACGAUUAAAUUCUUCGUAUUGUGUUGCUUUAGAUGUUGUAGAAUCAAACCCCACCAGUGACUCGGAUUACUCCGAUACCCGAAACUCGCCGAGUCGGUUUCGUGAAGGGUUUCAGAGAAAACCCAGAAAAGCAACUAUUCGUAAUUUGCCUAAUGCGGUGUUGUUGGGGGACAAUAUUGAAAAGGAUGUAAGAAGUAAAGCAGUGGAUUUGGAUAGAAUGGAGAGCUUAAGAAGUUAUUCUAGGGUACUGCGUACUUGUGCUUCGGAAGGGUCUUUGAAUGAGGGAAGGACUAUACAUGGGCAGGUGAUCAAGAAAGGUAUAGACCCGGAUUCUCAUCUGUGGGUUUCAUUAAUUAAUGCAUAUGCUAAAUGUGGGAGUCCAACGUGUGCGCGCCGGGUGCUUGAGGAGAUGCCUGAACGGGAUGUUGUGUCUUGGACUGCACUGAUACAAGGGCAUGUGGCUGAAGGAUAUGGCGGUGAUGGUAUCAAUUUAUUUUGCGAGAUGAGAAGGGAAGGUGUGAGGCCCAAUGAGUUUACAUUGGCUACUGGGUUGAAAGCUUGUGCUCUCUGCAUGGAUUUAAAUUUUGGUAGACAGGUGCAUGCAGAAGCAACCAAACUCGGGUUAGUCUCGGAUUUAUUUGUUGGGUCUGCUCUUGUUGACCUUUAUGCGAAGUGUGGUGAGAUGGAACUUGCGGAUAGAGUGUUCUUUUACAUGCCUGAGCAGAAUGAUGUCUCGUGGAAUGCCUUGCUUAACGGCUAUGCUCAGGUGGGUAGUGGGAAAGAAGUAUUCAAACUGUUUUCUAGAAUGAGGGAAUCAGAAAUGAAGUUCAGCAAGUUCACCUUGUCCACUGUCCUCAAGGGUUGUGCUACCUCAGGGAACUUGAGAGAAGGCCAGGUGGUGCAUUCUGUGGCAAUCAAAAUCGGGUGCAAACUGGAUGAAAUUUUGGGAUGUAGUCUCGUGGAUAUGUAUUCUAAGUGUGGGCUGGCAUGUGACGCACUAAAAGUAUUUAAAAUGAUCAAAGAUCCUGAUGUAGUAGCCUGGAGUGCAAUGAUCACUUGCCUUGAUCAGCAAGGUCAUAGCCUAGAAGCAGUUAAGCUAUUUUUGUUGAUGAGAUGUGCAGGUGUACCACCAAAUCAAUUUAGCUUUGCAAGUCUUAUUAGUGCCGCCACUGAUUUGGGAUACCUGAAGUAUGGUGAGAGCAUCCAUGCUUGUAUGUUCAAGUAUGGGUUCGAAAAUGAAAUCUCAGUUAGCAAUACCUUAAUUACAAUGUACAUGAAAACUGGAUGUCCACAAAGUGGGGCACGGGUGUUUGAGGAAAUGACAGAUCAUGAUUUGGUUUCAUGGAAUGCCCUUUUAUCGGGUUGCCAUGGCUUCAAAACCUGUGAUCUGGGACCAAGAAUCUUCUGUCAGAUGCUUGCAGAAGGUUUCAUGCCGAACAUGUACACAUAUAUAAGUGUUUUAAGGGCCUGCUCUAGCCUCUGGAAUCUAGGCUUUGGGAGGCAAGUACAUGCACAUAUCAUUAAAAACAGUCUUGAUGGUAUUGAUUUUAUUGGGACAGCUCUUGUUGACAUGUAUUGCAAAAGCAAGUGCUUGGAUGAUGCAGAUGUAGUUUUCAAUAGGUUGAUUAAUCGAGACCUCUUUACUUGGACUGCCAUCAUCACUGGUCAUGCACGAACUGAUAAAGCAGAGAAGGCUGUUAAGUGCAUCAAUUUGAUGCAACAAGAAGGUGUAAGGCCCAAUGAGUAUACUCUUGCUAGCUGUUUAGGUGGUUGCUCCCAUAUAGCUGCACUGGAAACUGGGCAGCAGCUUCAUUCUAUGGCAAUUAAGGCUGGGCAAGUUGGAGAUGUGUUUGUUUCCAGUGCAGUUGUUGAUAUGUAUGCAAAAUGUGGGUGCUUAGAAGAUGCUGAGGCGAUAUUUCAGGGUUUGGUUUUACGGGAUGUUGUAGCAUGGAAUACAAUGAUAUGUGGAUACUCACAUCAUGGAUAUGGACAUAAAGCUCUUGAAACCUUUUGGACAAUGUUGGAUGAAGGCACCAUGCCCGAUGCGGUUACCUUCUUAGGGGUUCUUUCUGCAUGUAGUCGCAUGGGUUUAGUUGAAGAAGGGAAAAAACAGUUCAACUCAUUGAGCGAAGUUUUUGGUAUUACUCCUACAGUUGAGCAUUAUGCUUGUAUGGUGGAUAUUCUCGGUCGGGCUGGAAAAUUUGACGAGGUCGAACGCUUUAUCGAGAAGAUGGAGCUAUCACCACAUGCCUUGAUUUGGGAAACUGUUCUUGGGGCUUCUAAAAUGCAUGGAAAUGUGGAAUUUGGGGAAAAAUCUGCAAAGAGACUUUUUGACCUUACACCUGAGGUUGAUUCUAAUUACAUAUUGCUAUCUAACAUUUUUGCAUCCAAAGGUAGGUGGGAUGAUGUUAAAAACGUAAGGACAUUAAUGUCCACUCGGGGUGUUAAGAAGGAACCAGGAUGUAGCUGGGUAGAGAUCAGUGGUCAAGUCCAUAUUUUUGUAUCUCAAGAUAGUUCACAUCCAAAAAUUAGGGAUAUUCAUUUAAAACUAGAGGAUCUCAGCCAAAAACUAACCUCAGCUGGUUAUGCCCCAAAAAUGGAACACGUACUUCAUAAUGUCACUGACAAAGAGAAAAAGGAGCAUCUGAAUCAUCAUAGUGAAAGGUUGGCUCUUGGUUUUGCCCUUAUAAGCACCAAACCUGUAAAGAAAAUUAGGAUUUUCAAAAACCUACGCAUCUGCGAGGAUUGCCAUGAUGUUAUGAAGUUCACCUCAGACAUCACAAAUCGGGAAAUAGUUGUUCGUGACAUUAAUCGAUUCCACCACUUUAAGGAUGGCACAUGCUCCUGUCAGGAUUAUUGGUAAAACCAGAAGCUUCAGAGAUAUUCAUUCACCCUUCCUACAAUUGUUCACCCCAAUGCUGUAACCGGACAGGCAGUGGUACUGUGGUUGGUGAUGAUCUUCCUGGACGUACAGCUGUGGGAUGCAACAACAUUAUGGGGCAUUGUGCCGUGGUUGGCAUUAAGUGCCAAGACUUGAUGUACAAGGAUUACUACUCUUUUAUGUCUAUUAUUUAGCCUGGGGAUGAAUGUUUCCUUGAUGUUGGGGACACAACUAUGACAUUAGAGAGCAUACCUCAAUCCAUUGAUCUUGGAAUUCAAGUGAUAGGACGGGUAUUGGCGAUAACAAUCUUGUCAUGGGAUCUUGUCAUAUUGCUCAUGAUUGCAAGAUUAGUAACAACAAUAUUUUUGCAAAUAAUACUCUUCUUGCAGGCCAUGUUGUGGUGGAAGACCAUGCUCACACUCAGGUGCCAUUGUUGUUAUCAAUUCUUCCAAGUUGGUUCUUUCUCUUUUAUUGGUGGAGUUCUGUGGUAAUGACAUCUCUUCAUUAUAGGUCUUUGAGUUUUUCAUAAUGCCCUUUCUGUCUAUGUAACAAGGAACCCAGCAUGAGACUCGAGUGUUGGAGUCCAACAUGGAGACUGGUAUUACUUCCAGAAAGUGUCUAGCACCUACAUAUUGAUGUGUCGAACACUUGAAAAAAUCUGAAGACUGAGCUUUGUGGGUUGAAUCUGGAGGGUAUUUGGCGUCGUAGAUUCACAGUUGUGGAGAUGAAUAGCCUGAGAAUGGCUUAUCGAAAGAUGUUCAUGCCUGUUGAUUCAAAUUCAAAUGGUUCUGAAGACGUCUUGUUUAAGUGGAGCAGCACGAGAAUUGGCUUGUAUGCCUGCUGUAUGUUCCAUGGUGCUGUCUAUUCAUGACUCUUUUGCUGAAAGUUGCCAUGGAAUAUGCAAGUUCAGGCUUUGGAGUGGCUUUUAAAAGCAUGCCUUAGUGAGUUUUGUUUCUUCUUCCAUUAAGAGAAACUCACACCCCAAUGGUCCAAGAGAACUUCCGUUUCUGCAAAUAAUUAUAGGCCUUAACAUAGUCUAAGUGGAUUAAUUUCAUAUCUUCACUUAUCAAAAAGCAUAGUCUAAGUGGCACCUAAUUGGUGGGAGUGACACUGUUGUAGACUAUCCUGGAAUGUGAAAACUCUCAUGUGGAUCUUUAGGUUGAUUUUUUAUGAAGGUUAAAUCUGUAGCCAUUCAGUUGAUCUUUUAGAAAAAUUCUUAUAUUGGUGAAUGCUGUAAUGCGGAGGGAAGUUACUGCUGCAAGGAUGUUAAGGGCCUGUUUGGAUAGUGAGAUGAGUUAAGAUGAUUUGUGAAUAGUAGUGAAAUUAUUAGUUGAAAUUAGAUGAGAUGAGAUCACCUUUAUAUCCAAACGGGCCCUAACUGAAGAACGCAAUGUAUCUUUAUGAAUUACACCCCUAUUUUUUUGAACUACACCUCGAAGCACCUGCAGAUUGCAGAAAUGGAUCUAUUUCUUGUAAUUCCAGAGAUUUUGACUGGACUGCAUAUUGUAAUGGGGUGGUGUUUUUAGUUCUUUAAAUGUUACAUGCAUGUGCUAUCUUUAUCCAUUCUUUGAUUAAUGACUAUUUGACUAGCCAUGCUAGAUUUUUGCUUUC